AUGGACGCGAGAAAGAAAAGGGGACUGGAAGGAGGAGGAGAAGGCGACACUCGGAUGGAGGCGGGCGCUCAGGUUUGCAGAGCCCCGUCUCUGAGCUGGGAGAGACGUCUGAGGAGGCCAGGGACAGGAGGAGGAGGAGGAGGAGGAGGAGAACAAGAUCUCAGAGUUUACCCCGAGAUGUUGGAGAGGAAGAGGGAGGCAGAGGUUGAGGAGGAGCCUAAGGAGGAAGAGAGGGUACCUUCUGUUCAGGAGAGGCUGGAAGAUAAAUAUGAGGAGGAACAGGAACAGCAGCAGCAGCAGGAGGAACAUAAGGAACAGGAACAGCAGGUGCAGGAACAGGAGCAGCAGGAGGAGGAACAGCAUGAGCAAGAGCGGCAGGUGCAGAAGAUGAGAGCAAAAUUUGAGGGGAAAGGGAGUGAAGAAAAUAUUAAUUUACCCAUUCCAAGUCCUGACCAAAAGCUUCCUAGACCCAAAGAAAACUGGGAGGCAGCUGAAGAGGAAAACUGGGACAUGGCAACAGAGUACAGGGAGCUGAGGAGGCAGAAGAACCUGCAGCAGGAGCAGGAGCAGGAGAGGUCAUGGGUUAAUAAUGGUGGUGAAAAUGAAGAUACAGAGGGGAAUUAUGACAACAGAGAUGAUGAUGAUGACGCUGAGAGUGGGAGUAUAGAAAGGCCUCUACCAGGCAUCGAUCUGACAGAUCCAGUGUCCCAGAGAGAGCUGUUCUCCUUCCUCACCUCCACGCUGUCUGUGGAGCAGCUGGGGGACGAUGAGUCAGAGUCUGGGGGCAGCCAGUCUGAUGGCAGCGUGUCUGCCGCCAGUAUCUCAGGCCUUUCUCUGGCUGCCACAGGCGCAGGCAGGCGAGGGGCCGUGGUGCUGCCGGGCCCUUGGCUCACACCCAGCCAACAGCGGUCAGAACAGGUCACAGCGAGGAACAGGCGUCCUGGAGGACAGAAGAGGCAGGGACGAGGAAGAAGUGCUGUCUCUUCGAUUAUUUCCAAUGAAUGAACGGUCUGAUUGGAGUAGGGACAGAUGUGAUGUUAUACUCAUCAGCGGUUGACUCCCCCCACUUUUACCAAAGCAAGUAGUGCAUGAGUUGUUGAAGUGUGUAUAGGAAUAGAGUCUGGCUAACGUCAACAAACACAGACUCCAGAUGCCGAAGCAAAGACUGGAGCGUUGCUUUAGUUACCUCAUCAGUGUCACGUGUCCGCGAGUAAAAUACUGCAGUCUCCUCUGUCACUGUUUUGGGCUGGAGCUCAGGAUCCUUGUUUGCGUCUGUCAUGAGCUCAGCAGUGAGGCUGCACUUCAGCCACAGCCACACGUAUCGUUAUAGUAGAAAACUAUAACGUUUAGCUCCUUUAAGUUGUAAUGGAAAGUAGUGCCAGUUUGUGUCCAUCUCACACUGCUAGACCUUGACUCCACAUUUUCUCCCUCAGUCACUUUGAUAUCUACGGUGUCGUGCGAUCGUGUGAAGUCAUAUACUUUGUGCCUUUUUGCAGCCAAACUCUUUUGGCUGAUGUUAAAUGUCACUCUCAUAUAUUUUAACUUGUAAGAUGACACCUGCACGUGGUGAAGUUCUGUGUUUUUCCACUUCUGUCUGUCUUCCGUGGGGACCGUUGCCCCACACUGUGUUGCACUCAUUACCUUCACGUUCACAGUCGUCGCCGUAGAUAUUUUUAGGAGUUUUUCCAGGCACAUUUAUUCACUUUCUGCUUCUCUGGCUAUAUCAGCACAGUGUCCUCCCCCCUCCCCACAAAGACUUUCACUUAUACCUCAUGAAGAUACUGAGCAAUAAUAAUGCAACAGUCCAUGACUGUAACGUGUCAAUCUGGUCUGAGAGGAGACGGUGCGAUGUGGUUUUUUUUUUGUACAUUAUCCUCUUUGUCUUUUGUGGACCUUGCCUCAAAAUGUAACGCUGUUCUAUACUCAACGUGAAUAUAUGAUUGUUAUAAUGCAGAUCCCCUUUUGACCGCAGGUGUGAAAUCUAUAUUCUGUAAAUUUCUAGAGAAAUAAAUGACAGAACCUAUUGUAAAAAAAAA